UUCUUAUCCUUGCCUACUUCACUGCGAACCUGGUUUCCAGAUGAACCAGCAUAUCAAUUUUGAGGGAAACGAACACCGGCCAUUGCUGGGCAGUAACCUGGACGGGUCUGUACCAUGGUCAGAGGACGACCGCUGGUGGAUUCGUAUCCCCGUGCGACAGGGGCUCUUCCUAGGACGCAUCGGGCAGAGGUUGAUUCAGUCCUUCAAAAGGGACUAUACACAAGCACUUUUCAUCUUCGUGCCUAUCGGUCUCUUUGCAGACUCGCUGUGUGUAGGGGAUUUCUGGAAAUUUUGGCUCAAUUGCAUUGCGCUGUUUGCUCUUCAGUCCACCUUCAUUUCCACAGCAGAGUCGAUCUGGCUCUUCUCGAGCCAGACAGUCGCAAAUAUUCUUACAGAGCUGCUUCCCAAUGUGUUUCCCAUAUUAGUUGGCGUAGUGUGCAUAAACGAGUCACUGAUCUUGAUUGCGAAAUACUUCAUAAUUGGAGUCCUGAUAAAUCACCUACUUGUGGGCCCAGGCUGCUGCUUUCUUGUUGGUGGUAUCCACUCGGAGCAUCGUAUUAAUUUUUCUGCGGCGAAUACUAUGUCGCAGCUAACCUUGAUGAUAUCAGCCCCGUUUAUUGUAUUGUCUGCGUUGUCUUUCUCGGCAUCUGCAUCUCGUUAUGUUUACUAUGACUAUAUGCAUGUCUUCCUCGCAUACGCCUCCGCAGCCAUGCUCCUGGCCUUCCAACUAACCUGGCUUAUCUUCAAAUAUAAAACGCAUACUUACCUCUUUCGACCAUUCACAGAGACUGAAGAUGGUGCAUCCAGCGAUCGUUCGGCGAUAUUCGAGAACGUAGAGAUGUCCCUACUGUCUCGUGCAGCUUAUAUUCUCUGGCUCGCGAUGGUCCUUAUUCUUGCUAUCCAAUGCACAGAUAACCUCCUCACCGUUGGUGUCUCGCUUUAUGGGAACCCAUUUGGCGGCGGCGUACUUCUUCCAUUGUCAAUCAGCUCUCCGGGAAUUAUCAAAACAUACCAUCUCGCGAAAGCUGGGCGGAUGGACACAGUGAUCCAUCUCACGGUUGAUACGGCCAUUGGACUCUCCUUUUUUACGCUACCAAUUUUGGUUUUCGUCAGCACCAGGGCCAAGACGAUUAUUUCGAAUUCUUCCAUAUUCAUGAAUGUUAUCCUAUUCAUGGCUGUGUUUACAGUUACCAGGAUCAUCAAAGAUGGAACUAUAAACUAUUUAAAGGGUUGCAUGUGCUUAGCUCUCUAUUUGAUAAUCGCAUGCUCUCUUUAUAUUCUACCUGAUAGCGCAGAUGACGGAGGAUGGGUGUUGUAAUCACCGCAGCACAUUCCAGUGUAAUGGUCAAUUCAUACCCGGGUCAAGAGAGAAAAUGCUUUUGACUUUUGAGAAAUUAUGUUCUGAUGAAUUAUUCGGGAAUACAUUGAGCUCUCAGCUAAGCAUAUAAUAACCUGUAACAUAACUAGUUAAUGUUAGAAAAGGACAACUCUGGAUGGUG